AUGCCUCCAGAUUUAGCGGAUUGCCACCCACUUGUGUCAUCGGAAUCCUUGUUUUCUCCCCCCUCUGUCCCAUCCUUACAGCAGCCAUACCCAUCAUUAAGCUUGAAAAACAGUAGAGGAAGCAAAAGCAUGAAUUUUACAAGAAAAAAGAUCAUACCUGUUCUCGUGUUGGUUCUGUCUAGUCUCUCCAUUCUCAGACUUGUUAGGAUUGCACUUACCACCUCUUCUACUUCUUCACUUCUAGCAAUUGCAUUGCCUCCAAAGCUUCAACGCCCAAUAUUUGGGUUCUCAAUAAACCAAAGUAGAGCCUCUGCUAAUGAAGUCGCCAUUUCAGAGAAGGAAUUCAAGCUUCUUUCAAAUCUGAUUGCCAAAAAGGCACCCUGCAAUCUCCUUGUCUUUGGGCUGGAAUCACAGUACCUUAACCUCUCGGCAAUCAAUGAUGGUGGUAAGAAUGUUUUUCUAGAGGACGAUCCCUACAAGCUGAGCACAUUCAAAAUCAGCUCAAAUCACACACGAAUCUACAAAGUUGAUUACAAGCAUCCCGCAGAAAAAGCUUACAAGUUGUUAAAGCAUGCAAGACAAAAUAAAGCAUGUGCCCCGAACUCGGGGCUCAAGAAUUUAUCCAAGUGCCAACUAGCCUUGACAGAUCUUCCCAGAGAAGUUUAUGAAGUCAAAUGGGAUGUGGUGGUUGUAGAUGGACCAAUAGGAGAUGCCCCUCAGGCACCAGGAAGAAUGGCAACAAUUUACAGUGCUGCUAUCAUAGCAAGAGAGGGGAACACCACUGAUGUAGUUAUACACGAUAUAGAUCGUAUGAUCGAGAAGUGGUAUUCUUGGGAGUUCCUUUGUGAUGAAAACUUGAUUUCCUCCAGAGGGAAACUCUGGAUUUUCAGGAUUAGAAAUGAGAUAAAUUCUACUAGAUUCUGCCCUGACAAAGGCAUUAUGAUCCAGUAA